AUGGAUUCGCCAUCAUUUUCACGAGAUCCUCUACCGGAGGCGGCCGCAUUCCGCCGUUGCACUCGAGUUAUAAUGGCACGCGGAAGUGCGGAAAAAGGAAGAAAAGUAGGCUUGGGAUUACAAUCAUCUUGAUGGACAAUGGAAUCGCCUUCUCAUGGGUACUGUAAUUUUAAAUUUUUAGAGUCGAACUACGAUUGGAACGAGGAAAGCCGAGACCCGAGGGCGUGGAGUGGCCCGGCGGAAGUACACGGAAGGCGCGAAUAAUCGCUGCUCGGUGGAGAAGCAGACCACCGCCAACGAAGCCCCGAGGGUCGCCAUCGCAGCAAAGUUCGUCCAUAAAGGGUUACCCAAAGACAGCGGCAAUUCUGUAAGUUUGCGUGGACUACACAUAGCCUGUGUUGUCUAUGGACUGUGUACACCAUAGGCUGGUUGUGAGAUAUUAACCAAAACAGGAAGGGAGUUUCGAGUGACCUACUCUGUAUAGUGUUGUAGUAAUAAGGCGAUACUAGCCUUCCGGAAAGUUGACGGACUGAUAUAUCCAAAAAUUUUAUGGAACUGGAACGAUUGGGGAAAAAGACGAUUGGUGAAACCGAAAAGUAUGAUUUUUCUUCGAUUCAAGUGUCGAAAUUAGGAUAAUCGAGGGUGCUGAUUUCGAAAAUGACAUUCAUUUUUUUUGAUACUUACUUUUUUCUUUAAGCAGUACUGUAAGGUAGUGAUCUUUUGAUUUUUUUUUCAUGAAUACUCGAUUUGGGGGUUUCGAUGGUGCUGGUUUCAAAUCAGAAAAAAUGAAUGUCAUUUUUGAAAUCAACACCAUCGAAAACCCCCAAAUCGAGUACUAGUCCUUCCGUAAAGUCGCUGGAAUGAUUUCGGCGACGCGCACUGUGCAAGAAAACUCAGGGUGCGAGCGACGUCCCAAAAAGCUUAUUGCACUGUGCAAAAAGCCAAAAAUUGCACAGUGCAAAGUGAACUUUCGUUUUCGCGGAGUGCAUGUCGCCGAAAACAUUCCAGCGACUUUACGGAAGGACUAGUACUAGUCCUUCCGGAAAGUCGCCGGACGGAAAUCGGCGACAUGCACUCUGCGAAAACGAAAGUUCACUUUGCACCGUGCAAUUUUUGGGUUUUUGCACUGUGCAAUAGGCUUUUUCGAGCUGUCGCUCGCACCCUGAGUUUUUUCUCACAGUGCAUGUCGCCGAUUUCCGUCCGGCGACUUUCCGGACGGACUAGUAGCUCUAUCGGUCUGUCGGGAAAAAAACGGCGGAUCGUCGCGCCUCGGAGUCAGUCGCUCAUCAUCGCUUUGCGACUGCAAGCCGCGGCUUGGGAUUUGGUGCGCGAUGGCGGCGAGGCGAGACAUUUUGGUGCGACGAUCCGCCGUUAUUUUCCCGACAGACUGAUAAAUUUGCACCAAAUUUACGAUUAGUCAAAAUCUGAGCGUCCAAUUUUACCCCCUAAUUACAGUCUUUGUACUAGUCCUUCCGGAAAGUCGCCGGGCGGAAAUCGGCGACAUGCACUCUGCGAAAUCGAAAGUUCACUUUGCACUGUGCAAUUUUUGGCUUUUUGCACUGUGCAAUAAGCUUUUUCGAGCUGUCGCUCGCACCCUGAGUUUUUUCCCACAGUGCAUGUCGCCGAUUUCCGUCCGGCGACUUUCCGGAAGGACUAGUAAAAGCUCAAGCUGGAAAGCUUAAGUCCGUUCGUAAAGUCGCUGGAAUGUUUUUGGCGACAUGCACUCCGCGAAAACGAAAGUUCAUUUUGCACUGUGCAAUUUUUGGCUUUUUGCACAGUGCAAUAGGCUUUUUCGAGCUGUCGCCCGCACCCUGAGUUUUCUUGCACAGUGCGCGUCGCCGAAAUCAUUCCAGCGACUUUACGAACGGACUAGUAUUUACGAAAAAAAUUCAAAAAAUUACUACUUUACAGUACUACUUAAGGAAAAAAGUAAACAUCAAAAAAAAUGAAUGUCAUUUUCGAAAUCAGCACCCUCGAUUAUCCUAAUUUCGACACUUGCAUCGAAGAAAAAUAAUAAUUUUCUGUUUCCUCAAUCGUACUUUUCCCCAAUCAUCCAACUGAAAGUCGCCGGAAUGAUUUUUGGCGCUUGCACUGUGCGAAAAAAGUCAGAGUGCGAGCGACAGCCGACAAAAGCCUAUUGCACGGUGCAAAAACCCAAAAAUUGCACAGUGCAAAAAAAAGUUUUGUUUUCGCACAGUGCGUUCUUUAAUUUCAGGAACAUUCGAAGCCGGGAAAUUCUAAACAGGCAGCCUGUAAGCUGUGGUUUGACCAGAUUUACGAUUUGGGAUUACCGAAGCUUCGCAAAGAGUUUGUUCAAAAAAUCAAACAAUGUAAUCCCGAUGGUGCUCACGAAGCCUGCAUGGCCGAUGAGAACUUCAGUAAGAACCGAUACGACGAUGUUUUUCUGUUGGACAAGACCCGGAUCAAAGUCAAUAUUAAUCCUGACAAAGGUAACCAGAAAUUUUUUUUAUUUUGUUGUUUUAUCAUUAAUACAUCGCACAUUUUCAGACGAUUACAUCCACGCCAGCGCCGUCGAAGUCCACCCCGAAUUGACGUACAUCUGUGCCCAAGGUCCCAUGGAUAACACGGUCGCGCAGUUCUGGCUGAUGUGCAUCCAAGAAGACGUCCGUGUCAUCCUCCAGUUGUGUCAGAACACCGAAGAUGGAAAGGAGAAGUGCUCGGAGUACAUGACCGGAGGCAAAUCGGACUGGGUGACCUAUGGACCGGUCCAGGUCAAGCAGGUGGACUACCAGAAGAAUGUGGCCGGCACCAAGAAGGUGAACAAGACCAAAAUACAAGUCAAGUUCAACGACAAGGUCCAUUCGUGCACCCAUUUGUUGUAUGCGGGAUGGCCGGAUCAUGGGGUGCCGGAGAGUGUGUCCACUUGUCGAGAAGUCAGGAACUUGGUCCACAAGUAUUAUGAGAAGAAACCGAUCGUCAUCCAUUGUUCGGCAGGCGUUGGUAAGGGCUUUAACGAAAAAGCGUUAACUUUUUAUUAGCAUUUUCACAAAGUGUCUGGACAUUUGUCGCGGCGCGCACUGUGCACAAAAGCCUGCGAUUUUUUGCACCGUGCACUCACUUUUUUUUUGGUUUUGCACUGUGCAUUUGAAAUAUCGCUGCGACGUAAGCUUUUCUCAACUGCGCCGCCGCGAUUUGGCUCAAAAAUGUGCCUGGACAUGUUUUCACUUUCGCACAGUGCAUCUUGAAUUUUUGUCGCCAAGGCACUGGGGAUUUUUGCCUUUGCGCACCGUGCAAACCCAAAAAAUGCCGAUUGCACUGUGCACAUUUCUGUGAAAAACCGCAGCGGCGAAGUUGAGAAAAGCUUACGCAAAGUUCCAGGACAUUUGUCGCGGCACGCACUGUGCACAAAAGCCUGCGAUUUUUUGCACCGUGCACUCACCUUUCUUUUUGGUUUUGCACUGUGCAUUUGAAAUAUCGCUGCGACGUAAGCUUUUCUCAACUGCGCCGCCGCGAUUUGGCUCAAAAAUGUGCACAGUGCAAUCGGCUUUUUUGAGGUUUGCACGGUGCGCAAAGGCAAAAAUCCACAGUGCGUUGGCGACAAAAGUUCAAGAUGCACUGUGCGAAAGCGAAAAGAUGUCCAGGCACUUUGUGAAAAUGCUAAUGAUUAAAGAAUACGAUGAAUUUGUAAUCUUAUUUAUAUUUCGAUGUUUAUAGGUAGGACUGGAACUUUUGUUGCGAUAGAGAUGGUGUGUCACAAACUGAUGCAGGAAGAGAACGCCAACUUUACGAUGUUGGAGCUCGUGAAGAACCUCAGAGAACAAAGAAUGCACGCCGUCCAAAACGAUCAGGUAUUUUUGGCUUCUUUUACUGAAUACUAGUCGCGGAAAAAAGUCCUGGGAAUUUUCGGCGACUCUGCACUGUGCACGACCCCGAAAAGUGCUUUUGCACAGUGCAAUUUUGUUGAUUUUGCCUUAUUGUCGCGCGCGAUUCCCGCGACAAAUCAACUUUUCGGAGCGCGACGGAGUUUGGGGGCCGCGAGAAAUUCCCAGGACUUUUUUCCGCGACUAGUACCAUUUUUAAUUUCAUCGUUUGUUACGCUCUAUUUGCAGCAAUAUUGCUUCAUCAUCCGCUGUGUGAUCGAGAUUCUGGUGGCAGAGGACUGUUUGCCGCGCAAUCCCCGUGUCAUACAGUUCAUCCAGGACUUUGAGGAGAUGGUUGAACGGAAGAAGAAACAACGGGCCGCCAGAGUCGAGAAGGAUUGA